UCAAGUUGCUAGGUUGUUAAGCAACACACAAAAACGACACUCUCUUUUUUGUUCUCUUAUUAAGCUAUUUGUGUUGGGACAUUUGUGUUAUGUCCACUUGUUUCGGCGCAUCUUGUAUUCUAGUACAGGUCCUAGAUCUGGCACGCCUGCCAGUGUGCAGUUUAAACAUUUUCAGGACAAAGCAUAGCCGAGCAAGAUGCCAAGAGCAAUCAUCGCGAGCUAGCUAGCAAGUUAGGUGACGAUGGCCGAUCGCGGCGGCAAGGCACCAGCAUGGACAUCCGCGGCGGCCGUGGACGUCGACGCUGAGAUGGUCAUCGUCGGCGCCGGGAUCGCGGGGCUCGCGACCGCGCUGGCGCUGCGGCGGCUCGGCGUGGGCGCGGCUGGCGGCGGCGUCCUGGUGCUGGAGCGGCACGCCGAGCUGCGCUCCACAGGCGCCGCGCUCACCAUCUUCCCCAACGGCUGGUUCGCGCUCCGCGCCCUCGGCGUCGCGCACAAGCUCACCUCCCGCUACGAUGCCUUCGAAACAUCCCGAGUGACUACUCUGGAAACUGGAGCAACGCAGGUGUUCCGCUUUGCAGGGCGUAAAAGCAGCAGCGGCGACGUGAGAGUGAGACCGAUGCAUCGGAAGGCGCUGCUGGAGGCGCUCGCGGAGGAGCUGCCUCCGGGCACCAUCAGGUUCUCGUCCAAGCUCGCCUCGAUCGCCACCGAGAAGGCGCAGGGUUCCCCGGAGAUCGCCGUCCUACGGUUAGACGACGGUACGGUGAUCCGAUCCAAGGUGCUGAUCGGGUGCGACGGGGUGCACUCCGUGGUGUCGCAGUGGCUGGGCCUGUCGGAGCCGGCGAGCUCAGGCCGGUCCGCCGUCCGCGGGCUCGCCGUGUACCCGGACGGGCACGGCCUGAAGAAGGAGCUCCGGCAGUUCCUCUCGGAGGGUCUGAGGGCCGGCAUGGUGCCCAUCAGCGACACCGAUGUCUACUGGUUCCUCGUCAACAACACCGUCCCUGCAGAGCAGGAGGCCGGCACGGACCCCGCCAAGAUCCUGCGGGAGGUCACGGACAACCUGGGCAGGCACAUGCCGGCGGAGUACCUGGACGUGGCGCGCCACUCCGACUCCGGCAACCUGUCGUGGGCGCCACUGCUGUACCGCGCCCCCUGGGCCAUCCUCAGGGGUCCGGCGGCCCGCGGGCCGGUCACGGUGGCCGGCGACGCGUUCCACCCGAUGACCCCCGACAUGGCGCAGGGCGGGUGCUCCGCGCUGGAAGACGCGGUGGUGCUCGCGCGCGCUUUGUCUCGGGCGGCCACGCCCGCCGACGGCGUGGCCUCCUACGUGGCUGAGCGGCGUGGCCGGGCUGCCUGGCUGGUCGCCGGGGCAUACCUGUCGGGCUGGGUCCAGCAGGGCGGGACCAACGUCCGGGGCGUGCGAGGGUACAUGGUCAGGCUGUUUCGCGACUGGAUCUUUUACAGGUUCUUGUUCCCCAGGCUCGCCGAUACAAUGUGGUUCGAUUGCGGCGACCUGGUGGAGCCAAACGCGGAGGGCAAGACCCACUCCGAGUAAACUAAAUGCCAUAUUGCGUUAUACUCCCUCCGCCAAUGAUGUGUUAUAUAGCCUGUCCAGACGUGACCUUAUCAAUUCACAUGAAAAUAUGUGUGUUUUCUAUACUACUACCUUCAAUCCAUAUUAAUUAUCGUUGAUUUAAUACAA